CUGUUGAUUUCUCCUUUGUGUUCUCUCUGCCCUUCCCUUUUUCAAUCCAUCAAAAUUCAACGGCGUCUUCAAACCCUAAUUCUCCCGCCGCAACCUAAUGAAACCCUAAUUAACUCCCUCCGACAUGGAAUCAGCUGGAGAAGCUCGAGCUCAUUUGGAGAUUUCUGUGUUUUCAAGAAUAGUGAUCUGUUCCAACAUAGGAUACUGCAAUUAAGACGUUAAACUUUUUUCCUUGUGAAGAUGACUCAGGACGGUCUGAGAAGUAAUGGGUUCUCCUCAGGCUUGGCCCUUAUAUUGUCUGAUGUUGACCAGAAGGGGAAAACUCAAAAGUCUCAUUUCAUUUCAUGUUAUGAGGACAUUGGCCACCAAACACCAGAAAGAACUCUAGAAUACAUACUAGAUCUCCCAUACAAGUCAGUUCAUCAAUCUUCCCUGCAAAUUGGUGUCAAUUUUGUCCAGGAUCUGUUGAAGAAAUCUGUUCUUAGAAUUAAGGGCACAGAAUCAGAUAAUAUAGGUAGAAGUGGUUUGUUAGGUACAGAUGAUAGUCGCCGAUCAAACAUUGUUGUUGUGGAUAGUUCAAGUGUUUGUGGGGACAUCAGAGUGGUGGGUGAACCAUUGCUCGUUGAAAGCUUUGCAGUCUUUAGCAGUGCCAGGUUCAAUGCUUGCCUGUGGAAGGGAAAGUGGAUGUAUGAAGUAACAUUAGAAACUUCUGGAGUCCAGCAGCUUGGUUGGGCCACUAUCUCUUGCCCCUUCACUGAUAGAAAAGGUGUAGGAGAUGCAGAGAAUUCAUAUGCAUUUGAUGGAAGGAGAGUCAGUAAAUGGAACAUAGAUCAACGAGCAUAUGGCCAGUCGUGGGCAGUGGGUGAUGUUAUUGGGUGUUGCAUUGAUUUAAACACCAACACAAUUUCCUUCUAUAGGAAUGGGGUUUCUCUUGGUGUGGCUUUCAGUGGAAUUCGUAAGAUGGGCCCUGGGGUUGGGUAUUACCCAGCAAUCUCUCUCUCAGAAGGUGAGCGUUGUAAUUUGAACUUUGGGUCUCACCCGUUUAGGUAUCCCAUUGUUGACUUCCUUCCGAUUCAGGAUCCUCCUUGCUGUAUGUCCCACAUUUCAUAUUUACUACAGUGCUUAUCAAGGCUGUUGGAAGUACAAUCUGUGGAUAGAUCUGAUUUGGGAUCGUUUCAGAAAUUGAGAAGCCUGAAAAGGUUUGCACCACUUGAAGAACUAUAUUACCCCCUCUGUCGUGGGAUUUGUGAAGAGUUAUUUACCACAAUUGAGGCAAACAGUAGGUGUAUUGAAUAUAUUGCUUGGGGAGUGGUUGUCCCUUUCUUGUUUGAAGUAUUUGGUUUGCGGGCACCUCAUGAUUUCAUGAAUUUGGAUCUGAUAGUUAACUUGUUCCUACAAUUUCCAGUAUCCAAUUUAUUGUUUCAGCACGUCAUUUUGGCUCUUUCAUGUAACUGUAGAACAGCUCCACUUGUUUUGGUGGAGUGUCCAUAUUCAGGUUCAUACCCAUAUCUUGCACUGGCGUGCCAAAUGUUCCAUCACAAAGAGAUGAUGGUUUUGUGGUGGAAGUCACGUUUUGAAUACAUAAUGGAAGGAUUUCUGUCAUUGAAGAGUCCAAACAAGCAGGAUCUGCAGAUGCUGAUGCCUUCUGUCUGGUGGCCUGGGUCAUGUGAGGAUAUUGGCUCUGAAAGUAACAUGAUGUUGGUAACAACAACAUUAUCUGCAGCUGUUGAUAAGAUUGAGGAGAUGCAUCGGGAGAUUUGUCGUCUUGUUGUGCAUUUCAUACCUCCAGUAACUCCUCCUCAGUUGCCUGGCUCAGUGUUCAGGAAUUUUCUGCAAACCUUUAUAUUGAAAGUCAGGGGUGCAGACCACAAGAUGUCCUCAUCUGGUCUUUCAAGCAACACAGCACUUGUUUCUUUGUACACAGUUAUUCUCCAUUUCCUUUCUGAAGGUUUUCCCAUGGAUGGUAUCUCUGAAUUGGGAGAAGGUGCUGGGGAAAGUGCGGCGUCUGCUGUUGGUUUUCUUCAUAGAGGUGGAAAGCGAAGCUUCCCUGUGGGAUUGUUUCUUAAUGGCGAUCCACAACGCACUUGGAUUUCUAGAAUUGGAGGCUCAGUUAAUCAUCUCUGCAAAUUCCACCCUAUUGUUGAUAAGGAAUUGGAAGAUGUGCAAUGGGAUGAAGGAUGCAUGGAUGAUAAUGAUGAUGCAAAAGUAACUCAUUCUACAGUGCAAAAGCCCUGUUGUUGUUCAGUUUCGGAGAUGGAUACCGUCAGGUCAUCAAAAGCCAAUGUUAGGUCGUCAAGUAGAAGCUUGAAGGGUCCUAGCAGUUCUAUUUCGGAAAGAUCGGCUAAUGUUGCUGCAGAGUGUCCCACAAGGACUUUAAGUGAGGAGAUUGAGGAUAAGCCUAGUUCAAGUGACCGGUCAGAGGUUGAUUUUGAAUAUUAUUCAUUGCACCAUUUGGGAAAUGCACCAUUGACUAGUCAAUUAUCUUCUGACAUACUAAGAAAGGAGGAGCUUCUCGACUUUAUGUUGCUGUUGUAUCACUUGGGUGUUGCCCCAAAUUUCAGACAGGCAUUUUACUACAUGUCUCAGCAGUUGCAAUCAAUUUCUCACUUAGAUGAUACUGACAAACAAAUAAGAGAAAAAUCGUCAUCUGAGCAGCUAAAGCGUCUAAAGGAUGUCAGGAAUGCUUAUCGAGAGGAAUUGGUUGAUUGUGUUAGGCAAUGCACUUGGUUCCGGAUCUCUCUUUUUUCUCGUUGGAAGCAAAGAGGAAUGUAUGCAACAUGCAUGUGGAUUCUGGAACUGAUCUUGGUUCUCAGCAAAGAGGAGUCUAUAUUUCUUUAUAUACCUGAAUUCUAUUUUGAAUCAUUGGUUGAUUGUUUUCAUGCAUUGCGCAGGAGUGAUCCUCCGUUUGUUUCUUCCGCAAUCUUUCUCAAGCAAGGGCUUACACCGUUUGUUACUCUUAUUGUCAAACACUUCAAUGAUCCACGCAUAUUGAGUUCCGACAUAAAAGAUCUUCUUCUCCAAUCAAUUUCUGUCCUGGUACAGUACAAGGACUAUAUGCUUGCUUUUGAGAACAAUAAUGAAGCUGUCAAUAGAAUGCCAAAGGCAUUGCUCUCAGCAUUUGAUAACAGAUCAUGGAUUCCAGUUACAAAUAUACUUCUUCGGCUGUGCAAAGGUUCUGGAUUUUGUUCAUCAAAGCAUGUAGAGUAUUCAACAUCAUCUCGUUUCCAGGUGUUACUACGAGAAGCGUGCAGUCAGGAUGAAGAAUUAUUUUCUUCUUUCCUCAAUCGUCUUUUCAAUACCCUUAGCUGGACAAUGACUGAAUUCUCUGUUUCCAUUCGAGAGAUGCAAGAAAAUUACCAGGUUGGUGAAUUGCAACAAAGAAAAUGUGGAGUUGUUUUUGAUCUCUCAUGCAAUCUCGCAAGAAUUCUAGAAUUUUGUACGCAUGAGAUUCCUCAAGCAUUCCUCUUGGGCCCUGAUAUGAACCUUCGGAGGCUGACUGAGUUGAUCAUCUUCAUCCUGAACCACAUAAUUUCAGUUGCAGAUGCUGAGUUUCUUGACAUGUCACUUAGGCGACCUGGGCAUUAUCAAGAGAAGACAAACAGAACCAUGAUCCUGGCACCACUUGUGGGAAUUAUUCUUAACCUCAUGGAUGCAAGUGCAAUUUCAGAAAGCAAGGAGCUAAAUGAUAUUAUUUCUAUAUUCGCAAGUAUGGAUUGUCCUGUUACUGUGCAUUGUGGAUUUCAGUACUUGCUAGGUUACAAUUGGGGCAAUCUCUUAAGAGGAGAUGCUGCUCAUGCCAAACUAGCACAGCUCGAAGAAUUCUCAAAAUUCCUGAUGAACAUAAGUAGGAGUGGGGAUUCAUUAAUCCAGUCUGAUGACGAGGAACAGGAUAGUUGUUGCUGCAUCUGUUAUGCCUGCAACGCGGAUGCCAUCUUUAAGCCGUGCCACCACAAAUCUUGCUACGGCUGUAUCACAAGGCACCUCUUGAACAGCCCAAGGUGCUUCUUUUGUAACACUGCAGUCACUGAAGUAGUGAGGGUUGAAGACUGACUUAUAGCUGCAGAAUGGGUGAUAUAAUUUUCAAAAUGCCCCAUUUAUGCAAAGAGUUUUUCUCCUUGCUUUCCCAAAGUCAGUCACAGUAUGAUUUUUUGGCCUCCCAGAUGAUGGAUGGAAGCUGCAUUAUUGUACAGAAGCUGCAUCAAGUUACAGAUCUAGAAUUCAUAAUUAUAGUCCAGGUAUAGGUUUAUAUUAUAUGAUAAUAUGUAGCAUAUGUUCCAUGUAACCUCCUUAUCUAUAUCUUCAGCACUUAUCAUCCUUCAGUUCAUUUAUUAGCGCUUAUUACCUCUCAAUUCAUAAGGGAGAGCGAGCGUGAGGUCAUCUGCAGUAUAUCCUUCUUGAAGUGUGAAUCCAGGGUCGUAAGUGCUACUGAAGAUAUAGACAUAGGUUAAUCUUCAAUUUGCCCUUAUAUGUAUGACGACUCUAUAUUUGAAGCAGCGGUGAAGCUGCAGGAGCGCGGGCUGCAGGAGGGAAGUGAAUUUUUGUAGGUCUAGUAUAUUUGACUCUGUAAAUAUGAGAUGUAAAUGAAAGGAAAGCUUUUACUUGUCUCUAUCUCAGAAGAAAACUUGGAGAGAGACAAUAGGUGUUUCUUUGUUAAAACGCAUUUCUCCAGUGAUUGUAGUGUAUAUUUUGAAUAAGAAAUCAAGAGCGAUGCUAAACUCUAUUUUUUGUUUAA